AUGUCUGCUAAUCGCCACUCAAAUUCAAUCCACCCGCACUCCCCAUCGCCCCAGGUGCUGGCAGCGCUGGGCUCACAGGCUGGAGGGGCAACUGUGCCCGUGCCAGCAGUGCACGCCCUGUGCACCGACCCCUCCGUUAUAGGCACGCCCUUUUACAUCAUGGACUUCGUCCCUGGUCGCAUCUUCACCGACCCUUGCCUCCCUGAUCUACCACCUGCCGCCCGGACUCAAAUCUACACCGCCAUGGCCGGCACCCUUGCCGCCCUGCACUCCGCCCGGCUGCCCCAGCUGCAAAAAGACGGGUUCGGCCAUCCAGACAACUACUGCCGGCGGCAAGUGGAGCGGUGGGCAAAGCAGUACGAGGCGUCAGUGAAAUCCAUAGGGGAAGAGUUUAGGGAGGAGGAUGAGAGGAUGAGGGGGCUGAUGGCGUGGCUGAGGGGGAGUGUGCCUGGGGAAGAUGCAGCAGCGGAUGGGGUGAUGCGAGGCGUGGUGCAUGGGGACUUUCGGCUGGAUAACCUCGUGUUUCACCCCACGGAGGUGAGGAUGAAGUCGUCGUUUCUCUCUUUUCUGUGA